AUGGCCAACCGGACCAGUGCCUCUACCGCAUACUACAGCUACGAAUACUACCUGGAUUACUUGGACCUCAUUCCCGUGGAUGAGAAGAAGCUGAAAGCCAACAAACAUUCGAUCGUCAUCGCCUUCUGGGUGAGCCUGGCAGCUUUCGUGGUGUUCCUCCUCCUCUUGCUGCUCUCCAUGUCCUGGUCAGCCUCCCCGCAGACGAGGAGGAACAAUGCCCAGCACCACCCAACGUGCCCCUGGAGUCUCGGCCUCAACCUCCCCUUCUGUGUCUGGAAGCAACCCCAGCACCACGGGGCCCCCGAGGGGACCCCGCCGCCUCUACCGAGCUCGGUCGAGGAGCCAGGUGGCAGAGCAUCGGGCCCCGUCCAGCAGCUGCAGCGGGAGAGUCCCUCCACCUCGGCCCCCUUCCACCCCCCAGGGCCACCCUGCUCUCCUCUGGGAACUGGCCCUCGAUGGGGACCCGCACAGCACCAGCUGGCGUCAGGAACUUCAAGCCCAGUGAACCUCCCCUGCAGACAGAACCUCUCGAUGGCAGAACCAACAACCCAAACCAGGGCCAUUGCUGAGUGAGCUGGGGAACUCAAACCAACCUGGACACACACGUGCCCUCUGAAAGCCUGUUUACAGGUAGCAGGAUGUGCAACUAGGUCAAGAGUGACU